ACCCGGCCCGCCUUUGGGGGAAGAAAGUGCAGGCAGGCAGGAAGAUGAGCAAGAGCCGAGCAGAGCGCAUGGAGAGUGUGCGGAGGGAGAGAGAGAGAGAGGAGCAAUGCAGCUGUGCUGAGGGAGAAUUAAUCAAGACAGCCGGAUAAAGAGGCAAAUUGACAGACAGUUCGAGAGGAUGAGGAUGAUGAAGGGGAGGCGAUGAGGGCAGUACAUUAGUUAAUUGGGAUUCGGGAAUCUAGAUUCUGGACUGCCCAGGUUAGCUUGGUCCGGUUGGUUGGUUCGCGCAGGUUGUGCUUGCCAUUUUGCAGCAUCCAUCAAUCGAUCCAUCGUAGGCAAUAGUUUUUGGAUGGUAGAGUUUCGCAGGAGCGAGCGACAGAGACUUGAGUUAGACGAGGAGGAAGGAAGUUAAGAGAAGUGGAGCAACAGCGCGAGCGCUGGGCUCAGCGAGUGCGAAGCUGAAAAGCCAAGCUGAUUCUGCUUCUACUUCCGAUCUGCUAUUCAGGAGGGCCUGGUUUCGGAAGUGAACAUGGGUCAGAAAAGCCGUGCAACAAGUGGAAAUGUUGUCUCAUCCCGAGUGUUAGAAAAGCGCAAGAAGGACAAAGCAGUCCAAGCGCUGGAUGGGCUGGUGGAUGAUCUGGCGCGCCGCACGCAGUCGGCCAUUGAUGGGAGUGGCCCGAGUCAACAUCUAGAAAGUAUUAGGGCAAUCCACAGGCUGCUGAUGCAAAUCCAAAAGCUGGAGCGUCCUUUUGUCAGUCAGCAAAGCGGGUAUGAUGUAUCUGCUCGUCUGAACGUUUUAAAGGAAUGGUUGAAGCAGCAAGGUGUCCAGUCAGAGGGACUGAAGCUAGGAGGUGGACUCCAAGAAGGUGCGGGAAUUGUUGCAACGCAAUCGUUUGAAAAAGGGCAAUUACUAUGUACAGUGCCUGCCCAUGUGAUGAUGACAACUGCCACUGCUAUUCGCUCUAAGGACGACGUGGGGCUCCUCUUCAAGGAAGAUCCUAUCCUGCGGCAAAUGCCAACACUCAUCCUCGCGCUACACUUACUGUUUGAGAAGCAUCGACCAGCAGAGGAUCCCUCCAACUGGGCUGGAUAUAUUUCAUCUUUACCUGGUCAAGGCUCCCAUUUGGAUGACAGCUCGGAAGUUUCUGAUAACUUUGUCAUGCCUUUGGCAUUCAGUCUGGAGACUAUAGAGGCACUGAAGGGCACUGCGGUGCUUGUUGAGAUGCACAAAGCUGUAAGAAACUAUGCAAGGCAAUAUGCACACGUUCGUUCAAUGUUGAGAAAGCUGAGGGGACAAUCCCCUGCCAUUGACCGUGCGAAUGCCUGGUUCACUUGGGCGGAAUUUCGCUGGGCUGCUUCGAUUGUAAUGACGAGACAGAACCCAAUUCCCGGAACGCCAGAUAUGGAGAUGGGACAGGCUUUGGCCCUUAUUCCCUUCUUGGACAUGUUCAAUCAUGAGGAGGGAGAGAUCACCUGCCACUUUGCGGUUACCCAACAACAGAUGGAGUUGACCGCCAAGAGACGCUUUGAAGCGGGCGAGCAGGUUUACAUCUCUUAUGGUUAUCGGCCGAACUCUGCACUACUGCUCUAUUCAGGAUUCGUGCCCGACCAUAACACGAAGGACAGAAUAAAAGUUCCUGUAGAGCUUAAUCCAACUGAUCCUCUUUAUCAAAAGAAGGUGGCCCUUCUUAAAUGGUUGGAAUUACCAGCUUCGGGAUGGUUGGAGCUAUUCCAUGACGGAACGCCAUCUCCAGAGCUUGCAACGUGGAUCAAAGUUGCCAUCAUGCAAGAUCAAUCAGUAGUUACUGAGAAUUUGAGGGCCGCUAUUGCAUCACGAGCUCAAGAAACAGCAGCUAUACUACAAUAUAAGGCUGCACUUCGUGAGGCUGAAGAGAAAGCAAGAAAUGGUCUUCAACAAGCAGAUGUUAAAGUUAUUUCAGAGGCAGGCAAUACCUUGACUACUGCUGAAGCACUUGAGGCAGGGAAGGAAGAAUUGCAGAUGUCAAAGGUAGACAACGCGGAAAACGGUUCAGUUAUGGAAGAUGGAAAAGUCAUCGAGGAUGUCAGAAGUGAUGGUUUAGAACAUGGUGGAAUGUCGGUUCCUGAGCAAAGUUUGGGCUCUGGAGUACAGCAAGAGGAACCUGUCGCAGCUCAGGAACCUACGGACGUUAGUGUAGGACAGGAGAACGGUUCCGGAGAAGUUCACGAUGGAUUGGAAGUUGGUGGACGGGACAAAUUUUUGUAUGAGGCUGAGACUGAGACCGUCUCGAAUGUACAGUUUCUUGGAGAGCACUUAUUCCCUGCGGAAGCAGCUCUCUUGGCAGAGAUAUGCCGGAUGCGAAUUGGUGAGUUCGGUAGUGAUACCUACCACAACGGACUCGAUGAAGAAACACCCAAAGGUUUAGGCGGUCUUGGAUUGGUAGGGCAAAAGAGUGUACAGUCAAAGAGCAGCCCAACAAAGAAAGAGUUGUUGAUGGCUUUGAAAAUACGGCGGCAGGAGCAACAAACUUUGUUGAAAGCAAUAGAAAGGGGAUCAAGAUAUCAACACUCUCAUUCGAAAGAGUGUAGGCAUCAUUGCUGCUGAGGUAGUUUUGAUCGAAAUAGUUUCAACUCACUAGUCUUUCUCCUUGGAGUAAUUUUUCUUCAAGGAAUGUUUUGAUCCUCAAAUUUUUCGAACACUGGUUUACUCAUCUGAUCAAAGGUAUACUGUCAAACAGGAAUUUUGCAUCAGUGGAGAUACCCACGUUGUGCUAACUGUGAGAGUGCUCUCCACUGGUAACAUCUGUAGAUGCAUUCGACAAAAAGAAUGAUCAUCAGCACCCUUUGCAAUCAUUGUGGAAACAUCUGUUCUUCCUCGGAUUUAACGACUGUAGCACGGAGACUCAUUCAUAGUAUGACAUAAUGGUAGAGCAUGAUAAUUUGAUGAUGUUUCUACCUUAAUAUGAAUGAGCAUCGUCCAGAAACUAGAAUGUGGGUUCCGGUUACACAAACAAAGGUUGCUUUUACACAAUUUUGUAUCCUGGUGAUGAUUAACUUCAGUAUUCUUGUCCUUCUCUUUUCACAUGGACACUGCUGAAUCUAUGACUUUACUUGUUAGUCGGUCCCCACUGAGAAACUCAAUUCGUGAACAAAUAGGGUCAAACAUUACAGCAAUAUAUUUAGUAAGAAAAUCAUGC